CUCACCACUUGCCAAGGACAAUGUAUGUAGUCUCUUUGGAGGAUGUCUCUCUAGAUGUUCUUAUAUAACUAAGCGGGAGGGUAGAUAAAAAGGUAGAAUAUAUACUCACUUAAUGCCAUACGAUGAGCCACAGAUGAACCUCAAGAAUAUUGGAGGCUGUGUUGUAUGAAACGCCUCCUUUACAGUGAUCAUGUGUAUGAACCCCGGAUGUGACAACGCCUGUGUUGGAUUGAUACGAUGCAGACCAUAAAGUGUGUGGUAGUGGGUGAUGGUGCAGUGGGAAAGACCUGCCUGUUGAUCUCCUACACCACCAACAAGUUCCCCUCUGAAUACGUCCCCACGGUGUUUGAUAACUAUGCAGUGACGGUGAUGAUCGGAGGGGAGCCCUACACUCUGGGGCUGUUCGAUACAGCAGGUCAGGAGGACUAUGACAGACUGCGACCACUCAGCUACCCUCAGACAGAUGUCUUCCUGGUGUGCUUCUCUGUCGUAUCACCUUCCUCUUUUGAGAACGUCCGUGAGAAGUGGGUCCCAGAGAUCUCCCACCACUGUCCGCGUACACCCUUCCUGCUGGUGGGCACCCAGAUGGACCUGAGGGACGACAGCAACACAGUGGAGAAGCUGGCAAAGAACAAGCAGCGGCCCCUGGCCCCUGAGAGCGGAGACAAGCUGUGCCGGGACCUCCGGGCCGUCAAAUACGUCGAGUGCUCAGCCCUCACCCAGCGAGGUCUGAAGAACGUGUUUGACGAGGCCAUCUUGGCCGCGCUGGAGCCGCCAGAGACCAAGCCCAAGAAACGCUGCGCACUCUUAUAAAAUAUUUUAAAUUGGGCCAAAGAGCCAGGGGAAAAAGAGACAGGCGGACACGGAGAACAGACAGACAAAGCUGGGAGGGGUGUACAGGGAGGGAGAAAGGGGACGAGUGAGACAUUUGUUUAAUAGUGCCUUCAGCGAUACAGGUGGGGAGGGGCGACGUUGCAUGGAUAGGUAACAAACAGAGACCUAGAAAUACAUCCUAAUAUGUAAUAGAAUGUAUAUCUAUGUUUCUUGUAACAAGCUGAUCAAUUCUCUUCCAGACCAGUAUAGUCCUUCUUAAAAGGAGACCGACAGAGCAAUAUAGGGAAGAGACAAGGUUUUGAAACCUCUAUUGCCUUAAAGUUACAGUACAAACAAAAUAAGUUAGACAAAAGGAGGAAGAGACAGUGUGGAGUUUAUUUUGUGUUUGAUGAUACUUAAAAACUGACUGGAAAAAUGUGCUUAAUCUGUGCAAUCUAGAUGCACACACACGCCAGUGCUUUACUCCCUUCAACCCACAACUGAACUCUUCUUCUUCACCCGCUAUCUGCCAUCACUGCUCCCAUGGAAACUACAAGCGCUUCUUAUUCCUCUUGGUUUUCACUGCCCCCUAACAUGAACUGAAUUUCCACUUACUUCCUUUUUUGACAUUUACUGUUUUGGAGAUGAUGGUAUAUUAAUGACGAUAAUAAGAGUAUUAUUUUUUUGCCUCUUUAUUUCCGGGGAUACCCCUAGUGGUUAGCGGUUUGGACACUUGAAUUGUUUUUAAAAAUAUAUUUUUCUUAUUUUUUUUAUGGUUGUGUGCCAAUGUGUUGAGUGUUACUGGUUUCAUUUGACAUAACAAUCAUAAUAUGCCUCUAAUGACUACGUAGCUGGUUGUGAUGUCAGUAGUAAUAACAGCAAAUAGCAAUAAUGGUUAUGAGUAACAGUAAUAGCUGUAUUGAAGCAUCCUCAUCCAGUUGUUUGAAAUAAAUAAAAAAUAACUUGCAAAUGG